UACCCCUAAACUGUAGAGUAAUCUCUCUCUCUCUCCCUCUCUCUCUCUACUAAAUGGCGCUCUCUCUGCCAAAACCCUUCUUAGAGUCCGCAGAAACAGAGUUUUCUGGUUUAAUGGAGACCCAAAUUGGAACCCAAGCCUUGAAGAAACAAAUUCUCAAGAGGGGAACUUCAUGGAAAACUCCAUGUGUGGGUGACGAAGUCCAAGUCCAUUACAGUGUUUGUGUUCAGGACAGGGCGUAUUUCGAUUCAACUCGUGACAGAGGAACUUCUUUUGGGUUCAAAUUAGGCCAAUGUGAAGUUAUCAAAGGACUGGAUGAAGCUAUAGCCACCAUGAAGAAAGGUGAAAGAGCGAUUUUCACAGUCCCACCAAGUUUGGCUUAUGGGGAGUUUGGUUCUCCACCUUUGAUCCCUCCAAAUUCGACACUUGUUUUUGAUGUGGAGAUGCUAUCAUGGAACACCAUCAGGGAUUUAACUGGUGAUGAUGGAAUACUGAAGAAAAUAGUGAGGGAGGGUGAAGGAUGGGCUACUCCCAACGAUGCUGAUGAAGUUUUAAUCAAGUACAAUGCAAGGCUUGAGAAUGGAACAGUUUUCUCUGAAUCUCAUAAGGGUGUCACAUUUUGUUUAAAUGAUGGUCAUCUCUGUCCUGCAUUGAGCGCAGCAGUGAAGACUAUGAGAAAGGGUGAGAAAGCAGAGCUAUUAGUGAAGUCCUCUUAUGGAAUUAGACAAAUUGGAAAUGGUGAUACCAGAAUCGAUGAUGACAUUCCAUCCUAUUCAAAGUUAACAAUCCAUGUUGAGUUGGUAUCUUGGAGAAGUGUCAUUGACGUCACUAGGGAUAAGAAGGUCCUUAAAAAGAUAUUGAAUGUGGGCGAAGGCUUUGACCGUCCAAAUGAAGGAUCACUUGCAAAAGUGAUCUACAUUGGUAAACUUCAGGAUGGAAGUGUUUUUGAGAGGAAAGGGUCCAAUGAAGAACCUUUCGAGUAUAUUUGUUUUGAAGAGCAAAUUAAUGAGGGUUUGGAUAGAGCAAUAAUGACCAUGAGAAAAGGAGAAAAAGCAACAGUGACGAUCAGCUCUGACUAUGAAGCUGCAGGAAUGGUCUCUGCAGAUUCAGUGCUUCUUUACGAAGUUGAGUUGAUUGACUUUACCAAGGAAAAACCAUUUUGGAAGAUGGACACCCAAGAGAAAAUAGAAGCUUGUGAGAGGAAGAAGCACGAAGGAAAUGCACUGUUCAAGGCUGGGAAAGUUCGCCGUGCCUCUAAAAAAUACGAGAAGGCUUCAAUGUAUGUGGAGUUUGAUCACUCUUUUAGUGAUGAUGAGAAGUGCCACGCAAAUGCUUUGCGGUUGUCAUGCAAUUUGAAUAAUGCAGCUUGUAAACUUAAACUUGGAGAGUAUCGUGAAGCUUCAACUUUAUGCACAAAGGUUUUAGAAGUUGAUCCAAUGAAUGUCAAAGCUCUCUUUAGACGAUCUCAAGCAUAUCUAAGAACAUCUGAGUUAGAAAAAGCUGAAGCUGAUAUUAAACAAGCUCUAACAAUCGAUCCAAACAACAGAGAAGUAAAACUUGAGUACAAGGAGCUCAAAGACAAGCAAAGGGAAUAUAUGAGAUAUGAAGCUGGAAUUUUCAGCAACAUGCUUUCAAGGAUGGGUUAGCAACGUACUUUCAAGAGUAGUAUUCGUGCUUCACAGGAUCUAUCUCUUUAACUUUGAUCAUGUGGUAGAGAAGGGACUUGAGACAAAGGGACAAGGGAGACUGGCACAAAGGAUUCGGUUUGUUUCAAAGAUGGGUUUCAAAUGUUUUUACUUAACACACCGAUUGAUUCUCAUUGUUUCUAUUACAAAUAUGGUUGUUUGGGCAUUGUUGUUGUUUUGGUCAUGGUAGCAGGCGCAUCCUAACUACUUUUGGGUGAUGUUUCGAAUGGUGGCUUUUGACAUUUAAAUUUUAAUUUAAUAACAAUUGCUUAAUUUUUGAAA